AUGAGAGGCAAAUCUGGUCUCAACGAAGAUUGGAAAUUAUUUGAAAGGCAGAAUAAUCAAAUCGAAGUGAGCAUGACGCCAUAUGCGAAUAGUGCAGUUGUUUGGAUAGUUCUUUUGCGUGAAUUUUUCCUAUACAAUCACGAUGAUGAAAAUGAAUCGUUACGCCGUCGCUAG